ACUGGUUUUCUAUUGAGUUAUUACACACCAAAAGUUAAGUUUGUCUUGGAAAUGCACAAUUCAUUAGCCACUAUUUAUCUAUCUUUAUAUCUGAUGGUUAGGUUUCCCUGCUUUCAUGAACGUCACAUAAAAAAGCGAAUUUCCGAUUUCCUUAUUUUUCCUGAACCCAACACUAGCGGGAAAGGCUAACUUACACGUAUCCAUGGUCACUUCCGCCGAUGUAAAUAGACCUAUUUCCCCCCCUUUUUGCUCCAAUAUUUCUGUCUUCCAACUGUAGGAUGUAUUCCAGGCCUAAGUGAUGAUGGAGGUGUUAAUAUUGAGGUCCUAUUCACAAUCACACCCGCGCGGAAUUAGCUUACUAACUAGCUAACACAAUAGCAAACUAAUUGUGUUUGUAUGAGAGUGCUGCUCUCGUGAUGAGACAGCUAGCUAGCUAAAACCUGGAAGCCACGAAAGCUGAAAUCGGGGUUAGCCAAGCAACGACAUGGAGGUGAAUUGUCAUUUUUAAACCUGGACGUGACAAGAAGCAGGUAAAAUGAAGAAAUCCAAAAGUGGAACGUCGUCACCGGUGAAUGGAAAACAAUGUAACGAAGGGGACACUAGACGGAAGAGGAAAAUAGGAGAAAUCACACAGGCCCUCAGUGUCAGCCCCGUGGAUGUAGCCACUCUGAGGAGAAUGGCUAUCAGUGAAGGAGGGCUGCUCACCGAUGAAAUCCGCUGUCAAGUCUGGCCCUGGCUGCUCAACGUCCCCCCACAAGUUCUCGAGCAGGAGCCUGACAAGGUAGAGCGGGAAAACAAUAAAGACUACAACCAAGUGUUACUGGAUGUCCAACGCUCACUACGAAGGUUUCCUCCUGGAAUGCCAGACGAGCAGAGAGAAGGUCUACAGGAAGAGCUCAUCGACAUCAUCCUCCGAGUUCUGAAGCGCAAUCCCCAGCUGCACUAUUACCAAGGAUACCAUGACAUUGUCGUCACCUUUUUGUUGGUCCUGGGGGAGCGCUUGGCAACGGCGUUAGUGGAGAAGCUCUCCACACAUCACCUCAGGGAUUUCAUGGAUCCGACGAUGGACAACACAAAGCACAUUCUGAACUACCUGAUGCCCAUCAUUGAGCGGGUCAACCCAGAGGUGCACGACUUCAUGCAACAGGCUGAAGUGGGGACAGUCUUUGCCCUCAGCUGGUUGAUCACCUGGUUUGGUCACGUCUUAUCAGACUUCCGCCAUGUUGUGCGGUUGUAUGACUUCUUCUUAGCUUGCCAUCCGCUGAUGCCUAUCUACUUCGCCGCUGUGAUCGUGUUGUACCGAGAGGAGGAAGUGCUGGAGUGUGAAUGCGACAUGGCCAUGGUUCAUCACCUGCUGUCCCAGAUUCCUCAGGAUCUACCGUACGAGCUGCUCAUCAGCCGAGCAGGAGACCUCUUUGUCCAGUUCCCUCCCUCCGAACUGGCUCGAGAAGCCGCCGUGCAUGAAAGCAUGGCCUCCUCUACCUUUAAAGACUUUGAGCUCGCGUCGACUCAGCAGCGGCCCGACUCGGUUCUGCGCCGCAGACGCAGACAAAAGCAGGCGGCUCUGGAGAGCUCGGCGGUCAACCCGGCGGUGGCCGUGGCCCAGCCGUCGACGACGCGGCGCUUUGUCCGACUGGCGGUCAUGGGUCUGACGGUGGCUUUGGGGGCGGCGGCUCUCGCUGUGGUCAACACGGCGUUAGAGUGGGCCCCCAAGCUGGACCUGUUUCCCUGAGCUGCCUUUUCACACGCGACUAAAACGCUGGCACGCAGCUUGUUAACCAGUGAAGCCACGGUUUCUAACACUGGAAAGGGCGGAGUCAACACUGGUCCCGCCCCGUGUUGAGACCCGAAGUGCAUCGAUGGAAGGAAGAAUCUACUGAAGAAACCGCUCGAAGGACGAUCGGUCAUAGCUAUUUUAAAAGUUUAUUUAUAUUUCAGAUUAAACUUAUGCUGAAAGCCUGAAGGGUUCACUACACUUGAAACUGCUGCCAAUUCAUAGAGUGUGUGUUUGUGUGUGAGAACAACCCGUUUGUUAUCUAUUUUAUACCUGGACUGAGACCAAACGGAGGUUUCUUAGAAACCUCUUUCUUCAUUUUGAGGCGUCUAAAAGUCGAGAAACGAAACUUAAAACUUUUAGGUUUCAUUUCGUCGCUCUAAAGGGGUUUUUGUCCCUUCAAGUGAACCGUUAAAUAAGAAGUCGUUCUUGUAUAAUCAUAGAAAUGAUUCAUCUGAGCUUCUCUGAGUCGAUGUAAUUUACAGAUGUUAGAAAUUUCUUUUUGUUUUUGCGCCUAAAGCUAAAUGUCAUUAAUAAUGCCCAGUUUUAGAACACAUUUUCAAAGACAGGAAGUACCUUCUAUCACAAACUUUGUAGUCAAGUCUUUGGAUGAUCAUGGUUAAAAUGUGCCUGUGUGGUUCCUCCAGUGCAUGUCACAGCAGCAGCAUCUUCUUGCUUAGCAGAAACGGGUCACACUAAUGACUUUUGUCCUCAUUUACAUUGAAGGAGCGACAUUUGUCUUAAAAAGAAAAUGCGAAUCGAGGACCGUAUGUUGCUCAUCAUGAAUCCUCCUUCCUCAAGUUCUUCAUGAAACUCGGCUCCGUUAGUUGAUUUGAUUGCACAGUUCAGCUGGUUCCUUUCAACACUGUAUCCAAACGAGGAGCACUUUUGGGUUUCUGAGAACAUAUGCAUCAUUUACCCACACGCAGCAGCAGCAGUAUUCCUUCAUUGAAAUUGCACUAAAUGAUUUAUCUGCCUUAUGUUUGUCCCAAAAUGUUAAACUCAUGUUAAGUUGUUAAAUAGAACACUAUUAAACUAAAGUCAAAUUGUU